AUGGCCAAUCUCCUCAAGAAGCCCGUGAAGCUCGCAUUAAUCCAAUUAGCCAGUGGCGCAGACAAAUCCGCAAACCUCUCUCAUGCCCGCGACAAAGUCCUCUCCGCAGCCUCUGCCGGCGCAAACAUAAUCGUCCUCCCCGAAUGCUUCAACAGUCCCUACGGCUGCGACUACUUCCCCAAAUACGCCGAGACCCUCCUGCCCUCGCCCCCCACCGCCUCACAAUCGCCCUCAUUCCACGCCCUCUCCGCUAUGGCCGCCGAAUCAAAGUCCUAUCUAAUCGGUGGCUCCAUCCCCGAAUUUGAACCCUCGACAAAGAAAUACUACAACACAUCCCUAACCUUCUCGCCGUCCGGUGACCUAAUAGCAACACACCGCAAAGUGCACCUCUUCGACAUUGAUAUCCCAGGCAAAAUCACCUUUCGAGAAUCCGACAUCCUAUCUCCCGGAAACAAUAUUACGCUGGUAGAUCUACCGGAAUACGGAAAAUUAGCUAUAGCAAUCUGCUACGACAUCCGCUUCCCGGAACUCGCAACGAUAGCCUCGCGCAAGGGGGCCUUCGCGCUCAUCUACCCCGGCGCUUUCAACACAACCACCGGCCCCCUACACUGGAGACUGCAAGGACAGGCUAGGGCUAUGGAUAACCAAGUGUAUGUAGGGUUGUGCAGUCCGGCGAGGGAUACGAGUGCGAGUUAUCAUGCCUGGGGCCAUAGUUUGGUGUGUGAUCCAAUGGCAAAGGUACUGGUUGAGGCGGGAGAGGCGGAAGAAACUGUGUAUGCGGAGUUGAGCGGGAGCGAAAUUGAGGCGACGAGGAAGGGCAUUCCAAUUUACACGCAGAGGAGGUGGGAUGUUUACCCGGAUGUCAGUGAGGGGGCGAAGGUGGGGGAUGAGGUUUAA